AGAGGCCAGUGUGGAAUUUCAAAAAUCAUUGUCCGCAGUCAAGUUCUACAUUCUACAAGUAUCGUAUGGCACUUCAUUUCGCGAAUCUAUAUUUUCAAUUACCUAUUUAGACUUCUUCGCGUUCUUUUUUGGUGCAAUUGCGUGCAUUGUGAUAUUUUUUUACUCUAUUUUAUCGGUACCUAUUGAAAAAUUUUGAAUUGUUCAAGAUACUUUUCAUUUGAUUGUGAUUUUGUUUUUCUAGUAGUGGUAGUUCUCUUAUAUUACCCAUUGGUCUACAUUACUGUUCACCAUGUUUCUUGCAUCUGCGAUCGUAUUUGUUAAUGUUAUCACAAUUCAAUUGCUACAGAUUACAACAGCUGAAGGCUUACACAUCAACAGACGAUUUCCUGCGACAGAUAUUCUUCAUACACCACAAAGAAGCAUGGGAACGGUUGUUUCAAAGUGUCCUGAAUGCGAUUGUAGAACAAAUACUCGAAAAAAGAGGAUUGCUGGAGGAACAAUAGCCGAAGAAAACGAAUUUCCUUGGAUGGCAGCCUUGAAAUUGACAUACCGCGAUAGGAGUACGUCAUUUUGCGGAGCUACAAUUAUUACUAAGCAGCACGUAUUAACUGCUGCACACUGUGUGGAUGGAUACACUGCAGGUCAACCAAUUGAAGCAGCUUUGGGUAGACAUUAUCAGAAACAACGAUAUGAGAGAAACGAAAAAAUAGUAGGUAUCAAAGAGAUAAUUCGACACCCGGGAUUUGAUUUUAAAAGUAGAUCUGGAAAUAACGACAUCGCAAUUUUGAAAUUAAACCGCACCAUAUCAUUCAAUAUCCCGCAAAUUCAACCAGCAUGCCUACCAAGUUCUGAAAAUGAAGAUUACGUUGAUAACUUUGGCACCGUUAUUGGAUGGGGUUUCACUGGCGAUUCGAUUUCCACAACUAAUGGGAUACGGAAACUGGAAGUUCCUAUCAUUCCGACUAACGAUUGUAGGAUUAAUUAUAGUCAUCGAAACGCGUCGUUUUCAGUAACUGAUAACAUGAUGUGCGCUGGUGGUAUUAAAGGACAAGAUACCUGUAUGGGUGACAGUGGCGGACCUUUACAAAUCGAUCUUGAUGGACUUGGAACCAUGAAAGUUGUUGGGAUUGUUUCUUGGGGUGGUGGCUGCAGUGAUGAGCCGGAUUACCCUACCGUUUACACUCGAAUUGAUAGAUAUAAACAUUGGAUACAUGAUAACAUAGGAGAAGAAUGUCUAUGUGAAAUUUGAAAAUCAUUAAAUUAAAAAAUAGUCUUAUAUUUUGUUCCCAUGCAAAUUCCAUGUUCCUAAUCUAUAUGAUUAAGUAUGUAUCGUAAUUUUAAAAUGUCAGAGACGAAUUGUGUAAAACAAUCUUACGUAGGUACCUACCUAUGCUUUUACGAAAUUUGAUGUAAUUUUUGAGUUACCUACUUGUAAAGGUACUCGGUAUACGAGUAAUAAUGGUAAAAUUAUAAUUUUCGUACCAAAGUACGAGUACAUAUUUACUCAUCUCUAUUCGAAAGCAGGUUCACAUUGAAAAAAAAAUAAGUACUAAUAUAAGGGGCUUCCUGUGAAUAGUAUUUUUCAAAUACAUGA